AGGCCCCGGUCCUCGUCUCCACACGAGAUACUCCUCACUUCCCCAUUCGGACUCUUAUAAAAACUUAAACAAACUUUGAAUAAAUUUUUUUGCGAACGUCAGUCGCUAGUGUUAAGUGCAAUACGUGAACUGUGUUUUGUGUUUAGUUUCUGGGGUUUUUAUUUUUUUUAUUUGGAUAAACGCAAAAUGGUGCCCCAGCAAGUUUCUGAAGUGAGGUCUUUGACGCCCACGUCGAGCGGCGUACCGGUGUUCGGUUCGCAACUGGUCGACAAGAAUUCUUCGACACCUUACACUGAUGCCACUCAGACGAAGAAGAACAACCCCAAUCACAUAAAGAGGCCCAUGAAUGCGUUCAUGGUGUGGUCGCAGAUUGAGCGCAGAAAAAUAUGCGAGCAGACGCCUGACAUGCACAACGCCGAGAUCUCGAAGAACCUGGGCCGCCUGUGGAAGACGCUCAAUGACGAGGCGCGGCAGCCGUUCAUCGACGAGGCGGAGCGGCUGCGGCAGCUGCACAUGCGCGAGUACCCCGACUACAAAUACCGGCCGCGCAAGAAGACCGGCAAGCCCGCGCAGCGCACCGGCGCUGUCACCAAGCAGAAGCGCAAGCAGCGCGCCGAUUCCAACAACAAUCGGGGAAGCGGCCGGCGGCGCCCGCGACAUGCGCCCGCUGCGCCCUCCGCGCUCGGCGCGCCCGGCCUCCCUGGCCUGCCCGGUCUGCCCGGUGAGACGCCCGCACCCCCGCCGCUGCCCGCCUCGCCCGCCUGCGCCCCUGACUCGCCCGAGUCCGCAUGCCUCUACGACGACAGCAUGCGGCGCGAGCAGGCCGACCUGACGGACCUGUACUCGAUCACGGACCUGCUGCCGCUACCGGCGGACUGCGAGGUGGACCUGGACGCGCUCACGACCGACAUGGAGUCGUUCGAGACGGCGUCCUCGUCGUCGGGCUCGCACUUCGAGUUCUCGUGCACGCCUGACGUGUCGGACAUGUUGAGCGAGAUCGGCGUAGCUGGGGACUGGGUGGACCACACGUUCUCCUCGUACCUGACGUAAUGCCGGCGCGGUGCCGGGCGCGCUGCCGGGCGCGGCCGCCACUCCCCUGAUCUCAUUGCCGAGCCGCCGCACGGGGCCGCACGGGGCCGCGCGGGCCGACUACGCGCCCGCUCGCCGCCCGCUCGUCGCCCGCUCGUCACCCGCUCGCCGCCCGCCUAGAGAGUGCCUACAUCCAAAAUCUUGUGUCGACUUUUGGAUUCAAUGUACAAAGUUAUUUAAUAAGGUUCGAGGGUGAAACUGUUUAAUUUCGUCGACCGGUCGCCGGCGACCGCAUUCUUCCUCGUCUCCCUUGUUUUCUCGAUUAGUGUUUGUAGAGCGCCGCGACGCGAGUGCGCCGAAGACGAGAAGCGAAGAGUUUUCAUUUAUACAUAGGCUGUGAGUUAAUUCUUUUUACGGUGUUGCUUUCGUUGAAUUACGUUCGACACAAACACGAUCGGUCCGAUUUCCGAAGGGCACGUCUCGGACGCAUCUCAGUAAACGAUCCGUCUCAUCUGUCCGUCGCCGGCCGCCCGGCCCAGUCGAGUCUCGCCGCGCGCCUCGCGCCCCGCGCCCUUUUCUCUACGUGUACAUUACUCGACUUGGCUUCUAAACACUUCGUUUGCAACUCUUAAGUCGCCUUAUCAUUUUAUAUUUACUUUAAGGACGAUUGUCAUUUUUAUGUUCUGAAAUAAUAGAUGAAAUAUGUAUCAUUCGAAGAAUAGAAAAAUAAGACUAGGUUAUAGUCAGGUUUGCCUUGCGUUCUAUUUACUGUACGUAAGUUCACUUUAUACUUUGAUGCACACAUAGUAGUUAGUACAUUUAUAAUUUCCUUUUCGGAAGCUAAUCGGUAUGUCAUUGAAAGAAUUUGGGAGAGCGGAUAUUUCGAGUAGGCACAUUGGAGUGAGAGUAGGGCUCGCCGAGCGCGGGCUGUCGGCGCGCGCCCGCAGCUUUGCUGCUUGUCUGUCCCGGCGCUACGCCCGACAGCCCGCGCCCGGCGAAGGCUUCGUAGGAGUUUCGAUUUGAUAUGUCUUGCUAUUUGUACGUUAGGUCGUUUAAGGUAAGGUUAUCUUCGAUCGGUGAUAAGUUAUGAUCUUCUGGCGUCGUAUCCACAUGCAGUGACGGCCCAUCAGCAUACGAAGGGACACUGUUCAACUCUCUCCUUUCUUUCUUCAAGCUUACUUCGACGAGAACGUCUGUGGGAUGAUACAUAUCAAAGAGGGGAGCUAAUGUAUCGCGGGACGGUGGUAAAAGUAAACGUACGAACAAAACACUAGUUCUAUUUCACUCAAAUGUUUUGCUGUUUCAAACUCUGUGAUUUACUUUAUGGAUUUCUAAAUUGUAAGGUUCUAGUGGAGACUGAUAUCGCAUAGAUUAGUUUUAGCCGCGCUAGCUUCUCUAACUGUUUAAUUUUUAGAACUGGGCAUAAUUUUAAUGAAGGAAAACUAUGAUGUAACUAUUUUUGAUAAUUUGCUUUGCUGUGGAAGUCGGGCGUCCGUUUGACGAAUUAGUCCGUACUUUAAUAAAACUUUUUAUAAAUAAAAUUAGUUACUUGCAAGCUCACGAGUCCGUCUGUCGGCGAAUGUUGUACUUAAUGUGUUGGCGUUUGCUGGCCCGGCGUCCACAGCUCUGCAUUGCUAAAUUGUGUAAGAAUUCGCGAAAUCUGUCAAUUCCAUGUAACGUUGUCAGUUAGCGGGGUAAUAUACAAACACGAAUGUAACCUCGGUCACUUUAAGAUAUGCUAAAAACCUUCUUAAUAUACUGUCUCAGAUAAGAAAGUCCCAAUAUUUGUAAAUAUUCUGUGUCACUCAAAUAUAGUACAUAAAUGUAUGGGGUCCGUUGUGCUCUAAUCGAUAAUGAAGAAAUGCUUUACUUAUAUUAUUAUAUUCUUAUAAAUGUAUUAUGUAAAAACUUCAUGUAAUUCUUAGUAAGUGUCUAUGGAAAUCUAAUUAUUUUUAAAGUGAGACGCAAAAUGUGCGUUCUAUACAUAACUAUGCAACUGUAUGAACUGUCUUGUGUCGUAGAGCGAUGUACUUCAUAUACAUGUAUUAUAAUGAAAUUAAGAAAAAAAAAAUAUUGUGCCUAAUAACUUGGAACUCUUCAUGAUGUGUAUAUUUUAGCGAUGCUCAAGAUAUCUUUAUAAGCGAGUAGUGGUUAUAUAGACGCUGUUUCUGUAAUGUUUAAGGUCUCUUCGGAAGCCAGACUUGCAUUUUAUAUUGAUUUCUGUUGAGGCUUGACAUGUGCGCUGCGAUCUGCAGUACCAAUACCGCCGACGACUAAUGACGGCACUUUUGUAUACGGAGGUAAUUGCUUCACUUGUAGCCCUCAGCACCGCAGCUCACAUGUCAUGCUUCACACGCCAUUCUACUUCUUAUUGCCAUCGCUUAGAACAUAAAGUCGCCCGCACAAUCCACUACAUCUACCUCCUGCCGGCCCAGUACUCACGUUUUCUUUGCAUCGACAGAUGGUAUCAUAACUUGUGUUGUAACUAAAUUACUCUUAUUGAUGUGAACAGAUCUUUAUUCUGGUAUCGAUGGCCGCCAUUUCUUUGCCUCUACUCCAACAUGGACACUAAAACUACAUUUCGCUUCUCUGUUAGCGGCAACUUUUGCUUUUUAUGAAUACAUUUUUAGUGUUUGUCCACUUCCGUUCCCAGUCCUAUAUCUAGCAUUGUCAAUUUAGCUUUCACUGAAUCGAUUCAUCGAGUAAAAGCAAUAUAUUUAUAGUAACACGAACGCUCAAAUUUUGUAGUUUGUACGUCUAUUGUAAAUUAAUAUACAGUUCGGAUGCUUUAAGACGAAACCGUUGAUUUUUUUUGUAAAUGGAUAGUUAGAGCCGUGGUUUUGAACACCGAUGUGGUAAAAUGUGUGUUCAAUAUUUAUCUGCGGGAAGGAGAGACAGACUCCGAAUACUUUUAGCACAACAUCGAAUUUAAUGUUGUAAUUUAGCGCUUGUUGUGGUUCUUCAAUAAUGUUUGGAAUUAUCAGGGUUUUGAUAUUUUGUGUUAAAUACUAGAUUGUAUAAAGUCCCUUUUGAAAAAUGAAAAAAAUGUUAUGAAAUGCCUUUCUCGGCGUGUGCCGAUGUCCCGCGGAGUUUAAACUUUUGUGCUUCUAGGCUUUGUUCCUUCGUAGCCUUCUUGUAAAGUUUUCAUUAAAUUGUCGAAUUGUUUUAAUGUAAAUAAGUAUUGAGAAAUUGUUAAUAUAAAUGAAAGUCAAAAUAAAGCGAUACUGUGACAAAAAUUAGAGGGUAAAUAAACGUCUCAAAGAAAGUAAAUAUCAUAGACGUUGUAGUUACUGUAGGGUAUUUAGUAGAUAUUAUGAUAUGAAGGAAAUGUUACAAAUCAGUGUAAUCUGCUCUUAACCAAAUCCUGUACAAUUGAUUCGUUUUAUGGAUUAAAAUAAAACAAAUCAAUUGUUAGGAUAGCCAACCUUGUGGUCUCAAUGUAACUUCUAUAAAUUUGACUAUAAUAAGACACUUUCUACAAUUCGAAAUAUUGUCUAUAUAUCCCUGUCUUUUGUUUUAUUCAAUGUGAGAAGCAUUUCUUAUGUCACUAUUUGAGAUCACACGGCAAUAGACAAAAAGCUUACCGAUUUGGUAGUUCAAUAUCAAGUGGACAUACAUUUUCCGACAAAGACAGCGAUUAGGUUAAAAUUAACAUUUAAAUAUUAAUGUAUGUGCGUAAUAUAAGUUUAAAAAUACGAUUCAAUUGAAAAAAUGUUAGUGAUUGAUUCACAGAACUGAAAAGUUAAAAAUAUUCUUGUUAUGUUGUUUGAAAAAAGUUUUUGAACGUAAUUAUAUGUGUAAUAUAUGUAUGUAUUGGCUGUUAAUUUAAUCGUUAAGCGACUUAUCUUAGGGUGUAUUUUCUUUUACACAACAAAUAUUGUUUCACGGCUAUGGCACAUUUAAACUGUGUGUAAUUGUAAUUAACUCUAAUUGGUGUCUAUAAGAGUAAACAGUUAUUAAGUGAUGUACGUUGGAGGCAACUUGUAGAGGAUGUUUAGACGUAUGAAGUCUUUGUUGAAGUAGAUGUCUUAUUAAUAUUUAUUGGUAUAAUGAUAAAUUUAAUAAUAAUGAUAAACAAAUGAAAACUUCGCACAAUCUGAAUCAAGGAACUAAUAUAGGCGUAACAAUAAUAGUUUAUUAUAAUAUUAGUGACAAACGGUUAACAUUACAAUUGUUUUACAUUAUUUUUUCAGUCAAUAAUUACAAAAAAAAAAUACUGCCUUUUAAUGUUUAAUUUUGUGGAAUUCCCAAAAAAAAUCUAUACAUUUUAUUCUAACAAUUUAUAAUUUUAAAUUCAAUACCGCUGUUUCAGUUGUAAUUCGUUGAUUUUGUACAUUUCAAGUUAUUCUAUUUGUUAUGUAAAUAUGCUUUAUUUGAUCAAGUUUUCUAGGAACAAAAAUAAUAAAGGUCCAUUAAAAUUAUCAAGUAAUUAUAAGGUUGUAUGAGUAGUGGCAUAUACGUAUACUAUGAGAUUGUGUGCUUGUUUCAUACGACAUAGCAAUAGAAAGGGAUUAAAAAAGCUAAUACAGGCUUUAAACAUGGACUGAGGUCAUUUCCGUCAUCAAAAUGCACUCGUUUCCUUUGUAAAUAUUUCGAUGAUAAACUUGAGGCCACAUAUUUUACAUUGGCGUCGCCAGGACAGGAGCUGACCUAGAGAAUCGAAAUCUACUUCAAAAAACUAUGGGAAAGGUAGCUGCCUCCUAGACUUAGCCUAGGAUCAUGGCGACGCUAAUGUAGCUUUUAGUUUCACACGACAGUGUGUUUCGAGCAAUUCUAGUCUUUUGUAACAAUUUUUUGAGUCGAAUUUAGACAAAUUCAGUUUGUCGUACUCUCUUCUCUCCGUCUAUUUUGAUUAGAGCUGUCUCACUUCGUACGCGUUUACAAUUCGUAGUGGCCUUUGUCAUUGAUACCUGAUUUUUUAAUUAGUGUUUUUUUUUUUCAAUUUAUACCAAAAACUAAUGAAGCUCUUAGAUACCGUUACCGAUGGAUCUCUUUUAAGUAGCUCUAAACAGUUCUGAUUUUCGGCUUACCAAAUAGCGCGGGUGGUGGCGCUCACCUAGCGCCCCCUAGCAAUCAGUUCUAAAACAUUGUAAAUAUUAGGUGAACGUUUGUUUUAAGCGAAAUGAAUACAACGCACGGUUCUUUUGAACGAAUGAAAAUUACCCUUUAUUGGGUUUAUUUUAUUAUAAUCUAUUGUCCUGCAAUAGUAUAAGGGUUUUAUUUGUAUUGUAAGUCUGGCGUGGCGUCGGUCGCCGCGCCGCAGUCGACGCGAUGGCGUCCCCACGUCCGUUGUAUAAAUUAAAAAAUUACCUUUUAAGGUACAGUAACUGCAUAUAAUGUACGUAGUCUUUUAAACUGUUAAGUAUGGAAUAACGAUACUGUAGUUAUGGAUUUAAGAAGAACAUGUACAUUUUGUAUCGUACUUUGUUUCAAUAAUGAAUAUAUAUUAUUAUAUGGUAAAAAUAAAUCAUCCAGUUUAUAAAAAAUAA